UUGCGCCUGCGCUCUUAUUUUCGUUAUCAACUGCUUCUGUCUGCUGAUUCUGUCCAGUCAUUGUUGAGUUAAAGUUUAGUUCCGUUCAUUAGACCCAUUUCAACUCCACAUUUUGUUUUUACACAGCAUGAAGGAGACAUCGUCCAAGCGUCGGGAAAAGGCGGGCGGUCGGGACAAGGACUCCAGGUCCGACAAGUCCAAAGAGGCGAAGGAAGCCAAGAGCGUGGCCGCCGAGCCGCAGGACGUGGAGAUGCCGGAUGAGGACCCAGCUAACGUGGCUAAGCAGCCCAAAGAGCUUGACAGCCUCACACUGGACGACAUCAAGGAGCAUGUGAAGCAAAUAGAGAAGGCAGUGUUGGGUAAGGAGCCGCGCUUCGUCCUGCGUGCUCUCCGAGCGCUGCCGUCCACAAGCCGCCGUCUCAACGUCAAUGUGCUCCAUAAAGCCCUCACUGGCUUCUUCACCAGCAAUGCUACCACUAGGGACUUCCUUCUGGGCUUCCUGGAGGAGCCCAUGGACGUGGCUGAUGGAGAUGUCCAGUUUCGUCCUCGUACGGGGAAAGCAGCAUCUGCUCCUCUCCUGCCAGAGGUGGAGACAUAUCUGCAGCUGCUGCUGGUGAUCCACCUGACAAACAGCAAGAGAUACUCUGAGGCUCAGAGGGUGUCAGAUGACCUGAUGCAGAAGGUCAGCUCCAAGAACCGCAGAGCCCUGGACCUGGUAGUUGCUAAAUGUUAUUAUUAUCACGCCCGUGUGUAUGAGUUCCUGAACCAGCUGGACACCAUCCGCAGCUUCCUGCACACCCGGCUGCGCACGGCGACACUGCGCCACGAUGCUGACGGUCAGGCUGUGCUGCUCAACCUGCUGCUGAGGAAUUACCUGCACUUCAACCUGUACGACCAAGCCGAGAAACUGGUCUCUAAAUCGGUGUUCCCUGAGCUCGCCAACAACAAUGAGUGGGCCAGAUACCUCUACUACACAGGUCGUAUCAAGGCCAUCCAGCUGGAGUACUCUGAGGCUCGCAGGACUCUGACUAACGCUCUGAGAAAAGCCCCUCAACACACUGCAGUGGGAUUUAAACAGACAGUCCAUAAGCUGCUGAUCGUGGUGGAGCUGCUGCUGGGGGAGAUUCCUGACAGACUUCAGUUCAGACAGCCAUCUCUCAAACACUCCCUGAUGCCAUACUUCCUGCUGACUCAGGCCGUGAGGAUGGGUAACCUGGCCAAGUUUAACCAGGUGUUGGAGCAGUUUGGGGAGAAGUUUCAGGCUGACGGCACGUACACACUCAUCAUCCGUCUGCGACACAAUGUCAUCAAAACUGGUGUGCGAAUGAUCAGCUUGUCCUACUCUCGUAUUUCUCUGGCCGAUAUUGCUCAGAAGCUGCAGCUCGACAGUCCAGAGGACGCAGAGUUCAUUGUCGCCAAGGCAAUCCGCGAUGGCGUGAUUGAGGCUAGCAUUAACCAUGAGAAAGGGUUCGUCCAAUCAAAAGAGACCAUGGAUAUCUACGGCACCAGAGAGCCUCAGCUGGCGUUCCACCAGAGGAUCUCCUUCUGCCUGGACAUUCACAACAUGUCUGUCAAGGCCAUGAGGUUUCCUCCGAAAGCUUACAACAAGGACCUGGAGUCAGCCGAGGAGCGUCGAGAACGCGAGCAGCAGGAUUUGGAAUUUGCAAAAGAAAUGGCAGAAGAUGAUGAUGACAGCUUCCCAUGAGCCUUUCUGCUGACUUCCUGUGCAGACAGGAAGUAGAUGUGUGUUAACAGAUCAGUUAUUACCCACAAUCCCCUCUCCUCCUCCCUUUUGGUUUUGAGGCACUGCAACUCAGAACUUGUGUUUUGAUGUUUCUGAAAGAAUAAAACUGUUUUUGUUUAA